AGAGAAAUGAUGACAGGAGAAUUUAGUUAAAUGAGUAAAUGACAGUCGAAAAGAAGGGAGAGAUAACGAUAGUGAUGGUGACAGAAAGCUUGAAACAGAGAAGAAAACAGAGCGAUAAGUAAGUAGGCAGAAAAGAAAGAAGAGAUUUAAGGGGGAAUAAGAAAGAUAAAAUGAGAGAGGGGUAACGAAAAUAAUGAGAAUGAGAGAUUGAGUGAGGAAAAAGGGAGGGCAACGAGAGAUAUAUGAAGUGAAGGAAAAGUGAAGGGCUUGAGAGCAAGAGAGGAAAAAGACAGAGGAAAUAAGAAAAGGGGAGAUCGGGAGAGGAAGGAAUAAAGAGAAGGAAGAGUAGGGGGUAACAGACAGGGAGAGAAAGAGGAGGAAUUGGAAACGAAAAGUAGAAAGAUUUGGUAGAGAAAGAGCUGGAGGGAAAGGUAAAGAGUUAGGGAGUGAGCGAGAGGAGUAAGAGAAAAGAUAGAGAGAUAGAGGAAGUGAAGCAAGGAAAAAGAAGGAAAAGGCGAAAGAAAGAAAGAAAUAGUUGUAUAAAUACGCUUGACAUAGAAGUUCUCUGAGAAAAAAUAUUACAAUUCGUCGUCUUGUUUCCACAGUAUGGCUACCACACGGAAAUUUACGGUCCGGGAGGGCAGGAGUUCCGACUGCGAACAAAUAUAUCAUUUGAUUAAGGAUGAAAUCCAAAGAUGACAGUAUCAGGAAUUGAACUCAGAAUGCAAUGCAAUGAAAGGAGCUUGCAACUUAUGAAAAGAUGGGUGACCGAGUUCAAAUUACUCCUGAAGUUCUAAAACAACAUGGAUUUGGAAAGCAUAAAUAUUUCCAUUUGCUAGUAGCAGAAUGUAGCCCCGACGAUGACUCUGAACUAGCUGGCAAGAUUGGUGGUUAUAUUCUGUUUUUCUUUGGUUAUGACCCUUGGCAAGGAAAAUACCUUUAUGUGGAAGAUUUCUAUGUCACCUCCUGUUGUCGAAAAAUUGGUAUGGGUAGCGCCCUCUGGAAAGCAGUCAUUAAGGUUGCUGCCAGAGAACAAUGUGAAUUGAUGCAGUGGUGUGUGCUGGACUGGAAUCAAUUGGCUAUUGAUUUUUACAAACGAUUUGGCGCCACUGAUAUCACUAAAGAUGUUGGAGAACUUUUUAGACUUAGUCACAACCAACUGAAGGAAAUUGCUUCCAAAAUUCCUUAACUACUACCAUUCUAGAAAAAAAAUAAAAUAAAUAAAAUUACAAUAGAAAGCAAAAAAAUAAUGAAAAAAAAACAAACAGAAAACAUUUAAAAAAUAAAUAUAAGACCAAGAAGAUAAAAGAAACAUUUUAGUAUAUUAAGAGGAAAUGGAACAAACCUAACAAAGAAA